AUGAAGACUUCGGACGGAGAAGAUGAAGAGGGUCUCCGCGGGGACGCGCAUAGUGAGCGCGCCGCGCGGCUGUGGAGAGGCGUGACGCGCCCGAACCGGACCUCCAGGAUGGCAGAUAUUACGGAGCCUUCGUCACAUCCUCCAUCAUCAUCAUCAUCCUCCCCCCUCAAUGGGUCUUCAGAUUUCGGUCACCAUGGUAAAGGUGCCAGUUCGGCAGAGGACUCAGACUCUGGUGCCCAGGGGAUCCACCUCCUGUUGAGACCCCCUGACCUCCUGUCUCCUAGUCUACCACCACCCCUUCCCCCAUUUAGCCAGCCCACCCUCACUCCUCCUCCUCCCUGGGAGCAGGGAACCUCCCUGGAGGAGGCCUGGGGCUCCGGAGACUACCUGGAGACGCUGUCCUUUAUGGUGCCGGAUGGCGAGGAGCUGUCCCUUGCCACGCCACUGCCCAGCCACCCCUGGGACGAUAACUUUGAGCAGGACUGGAUCUCCUAUGAUACAGACUUCCCUGUCCGCCCAACUGUCCCCCUCUCCUCCCUUCUCCCUGUCUCCCCCUCCUCCUCCACCCCUAACAUACCUCUGCACAUAGACUUGGCCCCUCCAGAAGGGUUUCCCUCCUGGGGUGAGGACUACGAUCCAGAGGACAUGAUGCCUUUGGAACCGACAGAGGUGCUGCUGCCAGACAUGAACAGUCUGGAAUACUACACCAACCUGCUAGCCCGGGAACGAGAGCGGGAACGAGAGCGGAAACGAGAGCGGGAACGAGAACAGGAACGAAAACGGGAACAAGAACAGGAACGGGAGCUGGAACGAGAACGGGAACAAGAACGGGAACGAGAACAGGAACGAGAGCAGGAACGAGAACGGGAACAAGAACAGGAACGAGAGCGGGAGCUGGAACGAGAACGGGAACAAGAACGGGAACGAGAACGGGAACGAGAACGGGAACAAGAACGGGAACAGGAACGAGAACGGGAACGAGAACAGGAAAAGAAGAAAAAGGAUGAGCGGGAUCAAGUGAACCUAACCGACGCUAGACCAUCCAUUAGUACUAUAGCCACACAAACCCGCCAUCCACCUCUGACCCCAACACCAACACCCAGUCCUCCACCUCAUCUGGAGCCCAAACAACCCCCACCAGGACCCACCCCUCCUCUCACACCCUCACUUACCCUCUCAGGUGAGAAAAAGCCACCUGCUCCAUCACCCACCCUCAGAACCCCUUCCACCUUUGCUCCAACUGCUCCAAAAUCAAAAGAUCGUAGCCCAGUCCCCAGCAGACACCCUCUUCAUCCAGCAUCCAACACCACCAGCCGGGCACCGUUCCCUCCACCGCUGAGACCAUCCACCCACCCCGACAAACCCGAGAGGCCUUUGGUUGUCAUUGAGAAGCCAACAAAAGCUCUGCCCACAACGACCACUACCCAGAUGAUUUCCAUCAGCCUGACAAGAGCCACCCCAGUCACCACGCCAAGAAGAACCCAGACUCCGCCCAUCAGACAGUACCUGUGCAACGUCACCAAGCCAGAGCUGUACCUGGUCAGAGUGGUCAGUUCUAAAGGUUCAUCAGGUGGUUUCAGCCAGGUCCGAGACCUUUUGAGGAGGGACUUCAACCGCUCUGUGGAGCUGCAGUUCCUCAGAACUCCAUCCAGUUUUGCCUUCCGUGUUGUGUCGGGACCGUUGAUCUUCACCGCCAUAUCAGUCAUCAACGCUCUUCGGCAGGCACCACGAGGCUCAGGUCCAGUUCCCAUUGUGUCACCUCUGUACACUGUACCAGACCACCGGUACCAGGUCCACUCCGUGCUGCAGUUUGUCCCCGCCCAUGCUGACAUAAGAGUAUGCAACUUCACUGACCGUGUGGAGAAAGGGCUCAUGAUGGCGUACAGGGAGGCGCGGAGAAGAUCACACGAGACAGGGAAUAUCACUGUACAGCUGCUGAACGUCACACUGAGCCCGGCUCGGCCCAUAGCAGGGCAGAAUGUUCCUGUGGACAUCACAUUUGCAGUGCGAGAUGGGCGGGGCUAUUUGCCAGGAUCUGAGGUCAGCGAACACCUGAGGAAGCUCAGCCUGGUGGAGUUCAGCUUCUACGUUGGUUUUCCUGCGCUGCAGAUUGCAGAACCAUUUCAUUAUCCUGAGCUGAACACGUCUCACCACCUGAAAUCCACCUGGGUCCGCACAGUCCUGCUGGGGGUUCAGGAGCUUCAGGUGGCUGAGAGAAGUUUUAAAGCACGACUGGAGAGGCGUCUGGCUCUGCUGCUGGAGGAAGGACUGCAGGAGACCAGCAGGAGGCGCUGGAGGAGGGCAACUGCAGUGGGCAACAACAAUCUUCAGGUGGUGCGGGUUUCCAGGCUGUCUGGAUUUGAGCGCCCCCUGGAAGUGUUUUACUUUGUUGAGGGUCCAGGUGGAGUGAGGGUCCCAGCUGAGGUCACCGCUACCACCAUGAACCGUCUUGAUCUUCAGAGGGCCGCCAUUGUUCUUGGACACAGAGUCCAGAGACCACUGGCCCAACCUGUGGAGACUCUGACCAUCCCUCCAGCAGAGACUCAGAGCAGCAGUAUCUGGCUGAUCGUCGGUGUGGUUGUUCCCGUCCUGCUGGCCGUCUUCAUCAUUAUCAUCCUCUACUGGAAGCUGUGUGGCUCUGAGAAGCUGGAGUUCCAGCCAGAUGCCAUCAGCACCAUUCAGCAGAGGCAGAAGCUCCAGGCUCCGAGCGUCAAAGGCUUUGACUUUGCAAAGCUUCAUCUUGGGCAGCACAGUAAAGACGACAUCAUGGUGAUCCAGGAGCCCGGUCCGCUGCCCGCCCCCAUGAAAGAAGCCACACCUUCUGAUGGCGGGGACCUCAACACACCCAAAUCCAAAGGAUCGUCCACCAAGGUGGCACGUUCAAGCCGCCGCAGAGAAAGGCUCAGCCCGUCGGAUGGCGACUCGUUAGGAAGCGACCAAUCAAGCGGCAGGGAGUCGGCAGAGGAAAGCACAAGGCCUGUGGCCACGCCCAGCGAGGGCAAACAACACAGGAAGAUGCCCAAAAAUGGGAGGAGCAAAAUGGCGCCUUCAGGCAGUGGACCAGAUGAGCUCCUGUCCUCAUCCUCUAUCUUUGACCAUGUUGAUCGUCUGUCCCGUGGCUCGUCUGACGGCACCCGGCGCCAGGCCAACAAGGUACAGCUGAUCGCCAUGCAGCCACGAUCAAGCCCGCCACCAACGCAGCCCCCCCCACAGCUCAGCCCUUCCCUCACUGAGAAGGUCAACACUGAGGUGGCGCUGAGGCACAAGUCAGAGAUUGAGCAUCACCGGAACAAACUGCGACAGCGCGCUAAGAGGCGGGGUCAGUGCGAGUUUCCCUCCAUGGAUGACAUCAUGGACGCAUUCGGAGACGGGCCGGUUCAGAGUGAGGUGGCGCAGCGACUUUAUAGCUCCGCCCAUGACCACAUGGACUGCAUCCUUCAGGCCGACACUGCCUCACCCCCCACCCCCACUGACUCCAGAAAAAGAGGAAGACGCUCUCCACGAUCUCGGAGGGCUCAACAGGGACCAGGAAGUCUCCCUGAUACCGACAGAGACCGGCUGCUCAUCGAUCAGGGUGCAACCUACAGGAAAUUCCCAGGACUCAACAAUGUGGCCUACAUGUCGGACCCUGAUCUGCCCCCAGACCACGGCAGUCCGUCCCCAACCGAUGAGGUCUUUGACCUGGCACAGCCCCCACCCCCAUACAUGCCCCCACAACCCUCUAUUGAGGAGGCCCGUCAACAGAUGCACUCCUUGCUGGAUGACGCCUUCGCUUUGGUUUCACCGUCCUCACAGGCCAGUGGCUGUGUCAGCGGGAGAUACACAGAGCUUGGAGUCUCGCCCACAUCCAUUCAGGGUCUGCUGCAGAGGCAGGGCUUGGGCUCAGGAGGAUAUGUUUCUACUGGAGAUCAACUGCAGGAAUCUGUUUACUCCAACAAAGGGAAGUAUGAGGACCCUCCCUCCUCCUCCAGACCACGACCCGUUGGUGGCAGUACAGGUGCACAGCUUCACCACCUGACUCAGGUGGGUUUAUCCAGUCAAAUUGGGGCAUACCCCGGUGUGGGUCGCAGCAUGUCUGGGCCCACGGGUUCCAGCUGGCACCAGCAACACUCGGACCAGGACCUGUCCCGACCAGGAGGCAGCAGAGAGAGUGUGCUGUCUUUCCCCGAGUUCUCCUCUUCCUCCGUUUUCCAGAUGCCUAGCUCCUCCUUGCGGGACCCGUCAGCUCCACCCUUCCUCCUGACCUCACCCACCCCUGAAUACCUGCCGGAGGAUGCCUCCCCCUCUGCCCACACCUCUGCCUCUCUUAUAAAGGCAAUCAGGGAGGAGCUGCGCCGUCUGGCCCAAAAACAGGCCGCGGUUACCAGCUAUCCUUAAACCAACCUGGACCUUUCAGGACCAGAACUUCCAGCAGCUGGUUUUCUACUGAUCAACAUGAUCCAUAUCUGACAACAAGGGCAGUGUCUGGAGGAGACCUCCAGUACUUUACAGGGUCUCGUCUUUCUCUUCGUUUGACCAUCGUCUCAGUGUUUCUCU